AUGCAAAGAUCACUAAGAUUAAUGGCAAUUAGAGCUAACUCGCCCUCUUUGCUUCGUGCUUCAGUGUGCAUGGCCCCAAGAAUGGUUUCGGCCCCAGCUACCAGAUAUUUCUCUGUUUCUCCUAUGAAGUUUAACGCAAAGAAGGAUGAGGCUCCUAAUGCUAAGGAGGAAUCUACCGAGUCACCCGAGAAGGAUGCUUCUUCUGAGCUCAGUGAGGUUGAACAACUUAAAGCCAAGUUGGCAGAAAAAGACCAAGAAGUCACCCUUUUAAAGGACCGCUACUUGAGAUCAGUUGCGGAUUUCCGCAACCUUCAGGAGACUACCAAAAGAGAAAUCCAAAAGGCAAGGGACUUUGCUCUCCAAAAGUUUGCCAGAGACCUUUUAGAAUCUUUGGACAACUUUGGGCAUGCAUUGAGUGCUGUCAAGGACGAGACCCUUGCUGCUAACAAGGAGGUGUCUCAAUUGUACGACGGUGUUGAGAUGACCAAGAACAUCUUCGAGAAGACAUUGGUGAGACACGGAAUCAAUAAAAUUGACCCUGUGGAUGAGAGGUUUGAUCCCAACAGACACGAGGCAACAUUUGAAGUUCCUCAACCAGACAAAGAGCCAGGAACUGUCUUCCACGUCCAGCAACCAGGUUACGAAUUGAAUGGAAGAGUCCUUAGAGCUGCCAAAGUUGGAGUUGUCAAGGGUGGAACCGAGAACUUAAACAGUGAUAAAGACAGGAGGAAUACACUAUUAAUAGUAGACAUUCCAUCAACAAACAAAGGAUUCAAAGGAGCUUAUCAGGAACGCCCAUCCCCCAUUUUUGUGUCGUUAAAUAGCCCAAUUUUCCUCACAAAGAAACAACAAGAGCAAAGUCUAGCUGAUCAAGUCCAUACAGACUAG